AUGGGCCUCAAGACCCCACGCGUUUACGAGCAGGUCCUCUUGGACAAAUUUCGCCCCUUUGUGGAGCAGACGCUUCGGGACAUCAAGGCGUCCAAGUCAGACGAUGCAUACAGUAGACUACUUGGUUCACCAUCCAGAGGGAGAGCUGCAGAGAGCGAAGAGCUCCGUCGUCUCACUUUCGAGCAGUGGGUGGACAAGGUUGACUUCAAGGACGAGUACUGGCAGAGACUGCAUGAUAUCAUCGUAGACUCCUUUGUCUGUGAUAGGACAAGCACUCCUGUGCGAUACCUAGAGAGCGCCCACGAUCAAGCUGCCCGUGCAUCAACUUCAUCAUGGGCGCCCAUGCCUCGUCCUUCCCGCUACUUAGCCGCAGACUCUUCCGACAGUGACGAUGCUCUCCCCACAAUUAAUGUCAGGACCGACUCCGGAACAUCCCUUCGCCGCACUCGCUCGCUACGCAGAGUCGGCCGAUUCCAGCGCACUGCAGCAGGUGACCUAUCCGCGUCUACCUCUCGAAACAGGCUAGUCCACGAUGGUGCAGAGCUACAAGGAGUCGAAGUGCCACCUCUGUUGCCUUGGCUCGGUGCGACUACAAGAGCUACAAGCUCCUCGUUCCCCGACGCUCUCGGCAAUGGCAGAGUGGAGGAGCCAUUUGGCCCCACAUCGGCAUUCGCAGCGGGUCUCAUGUCGCCUCGCAGGGUCGAUCAGUCGACUGGCGAAGUGGUUCGAUCUGAUUACGGACCAGCAAAUUACUUUGACGAACCGGAAGAUUGGCCACCAGAGAUGGACUUUGGUGCUCUGGUGGAUGAUGAUCUCGGAGAAAAGGUCGAAGUACUCUAUGGUGCUCUGGAGUGUUACAAGUACAACAUGCUAGAGCUGGAAAACUCGUUCAGGUGGCAAGAUCGUGCUUUCGGCAGAGGCGUGGAGCGAAUCAUGCCCAGGAUGACGGCCCUGGUCGAGGAGAUGGACGGGCUGAGGAGGCUCAGGCGACAUUGGCUGCAUUAUGGCGCAGGAGCACAAUCACAAGUCGCGGCCGGAGGAAGAGACAACAGGAGGACAGCAAGUAGGCUGAGUGGCCCUUCUCAAGUGGCUCCUACCCCUGCCGAUGUUAACAUUCCCGCUCUCGCUUCCUCGUCAGCAGCAAGCAGGUCCAGCGCCAUCCUGCCUUCCUUUGCCGAGCUCGCCAGCGCCGCCCUACCCACUACUGCCGCCGCCGCUGCCGCCUCCUCCUCGACGAUUCCGGACGAUCCUAGCUCCUGGAGUUGGGCUAUGCCACCCGAGGAGCUACGUGCACUCACGCCCACCUCUUUCGAGGAGUUUACUGCCCUUGGAAGAGCGGCGGGGAGGAGUCGGAUGAGGAGUAGGAGACGUAGGAGGAGAGGCGUGGCCACUGAGGAAGAAGAGGAGAGCGAAGAUGACAUCGAUGAUGAGGAGGAUCGAGAGGGAGAGGAAGAGGACAGACGAGAUACAGUAGCAGCGGAGAUUCACGAUGCAAAUGGGGACACUCAGGGGCCAGGAUUGUCAUGA